AUGUGGCUGUCAGACACAAAGGAGAGCUGCAGACACAAAGGAGAGCUACAAGCAGAGGAUCUGGAGGGUGAAGGAGAUCAGCACACAAAGUGCAGACACAAUGAGAAAACAGACAAAGUCAGAAAGAGCAACACUUGUGAGGAGAAGGAACAAACCUGCCUCAGAAAGAGCUCCAUUAAGAGUCUCUUGACCAAGCAUUUGAAUGAUGCCACCCAGCAGGUUGUUGGGCUAGAGGACAUGGAGGAAUUGGGGGAGGAAUUGAAGGGACGUUGCUCAAUGGGGCUGAAGAGUCCAGUUGUCGCCGCUAUCAUCGUCUUAUUCAUCAGUGUGAUCACCGUUGUGACCAUCUCCAUAUUGCAGCAGCUGAAAAGGGUUGCUCUUCCCAUUGGGCUCAAGUAUGGAAUCGUUUUUGAUGCUGGAGCCUCCGGUACAACCGUUUAUGUUUACAGCUGGCCAGCAGAAAAGAGGAAUAACACUGGUAUAGUCAGUGAGAAACACCUGUGUCAUGUCGAAGGACCAGACGUUUCCAGCUAUGACAAUGAACCCACGCAGGCAGCUCACUCACUGCAAAAGUGCCUCAAUGAGACCGUGGAAGAAAUCCCAGAAGAAAAGCAUAACUCCACCCCUGUCUACUUUGGAGCUACCGCUGGAAUGCGACUACUCCAGUUAGAGAAUGCAGGAGCUGCAACCAUGAUCCUCUCAGAGAUUAAAGAUUACCUCCGAUCUUCACCAUUUGAUUUUAAAGGCACCCAGGUUAUUUCAGGGAAGGAAGAAGCAGUCUAUGGAUGGAUUACAGCAAAUUAUUUACUGGGCAAUUUGCUUCAGAGACGUACUUGGAGGCAACCGCAAAGAACUUUUACUGUGAAGACCAUAGGCACUCUGGAUCUGGGUGGAGCUUCUACAGAAAUAGCUUUUGUUCCUGAGUCGCAUACGCACAUGAAGGAAGCCACAAUAAUCACACUGUACAGUUACAAGUACAAGGUCUACAUUCAAAGCCUGGCAUGCUAUGGAAGGGAUGAAGCCGAGAAGAUGUACAGGGCAAAAAUCAUCCAGGACUCAAAGAAAAACUCAAGCAUUGAAGAUCCUUGCCUUCCCUCAAACUAUAAUCUGACUCUCCAACUGGAGAAUAUAUUUGAUGGUUUAUGCACUGCAACUGAGAUACCAAAGCAUUACGAUCGUGAAAAUAACGUCACAUUUAUAGGAACUGCAAAUCCCGAUCUUUGUCAGAGGAAGUUGUUGUCAAUAUUUAGUUUUGAAUAUAUCAACAUUGAAGGUAACUGGACACAAAGAAAACUUCAGCCAUCUAUCAGUGGAGACUUUGUGGCCUUUUCUGGUUUCUAUUACACAACGCAAGCCUUGAAUUUGUCCAAUUCCUUUUCCAUGGAAACCUUCAUCUCAACAGUUCAGGAUCUCUGCCGGAAAAACUGGGAUCAGGUUCAGCAGCUAUUUCCAAAUGAGGAGGACUCAUUUCGCAGAGUGAAUUGUUUCAAUGCAAACUACAUCUAUGCCCUACUGGUGCAAGGUUACAACUUCAAUCGAAAGAGUUGGACCCAGAUAAGCUUUCAAGAAGGAGUGCAAAACAGCAGCUUUGGCUGGUCACUUGGUUACAUGUUAAACCUUACCAACAUGAUCCCCUCAGAGAACCAAAUCAUUCAAACACCAAUGAGUGAAGCUGUAUUCUGCGGACUUCUCUUCCUGUUUUCCGCUUUAGUUUUGUUCUGCUCAAUGUUCAUUUAUUUUAUGUUUGCGACCAUUGUUUCUAAUAUAGCCAAGCUGAAAAUUCUGAAUGUGCUCUUUGAAGCUAUUUUUUUAACCAUGAGAAUCAACAGCUGA